CUACGUGGAAGCAGGAAGUAGCUCUCCACCUUUUUCCGGGUUGGUUUUCCGUCACCAGCUGAACUUGUCGGUGGGGAAUGAUGGCUGGGGACCCCGUGCUGGCCCUGCGGAUCUCGGAGAUCAAGGACCCGGCGGCUCUCUUUGAGCGCUAUAGCACCGAGGAGAUCCGCCGGGUUGAACGCAGGGUCCGCGGGGAGAUCGAGCAGAAGAAGGAGGAGCUGAGGCAGAUGGUCGGGGAGCGGUACCGGGAUCUGAUCGACGCCGCCGACACCAUCGGAGAGAUGCGGGAGUGCUCGGAAAGCGUGGUGGAGUCCAUCCAGGACAUGCAGCGGUACUGCCACACACUGAAGCAGGGCAGGAACGGCGCGGGAGGCAGCAGACUGGAGAACCAGAACCAGAACCAGAGGCAGUGGCAGGAGAAGUUCUACACCAUGGCCUCCCAGAUCAAGCUCCUCCUGGAGAUCCCAGAGCGCAUCUGGAGCGCCAUGGAGGCGGCCCAGUACCUGCAGGCCACCCAGCUCUACCUGCUCUGCUGCCACCUGCACAGCCUGCUGCAGCUGGAGGCCGCACCAGGCGGGCUCUACAGCCCUGUGCUGGCCCGCUUCCCCAUCCUGGUCCGCCAGGUCGCCACCACUGGACACUUCAGGUCGACCAUCCUCCUGGACAGCAGGUCUCUGCUGCGCGGCCGUGCCGUGUCGGACCAGGCUAUCGCUGAGGCCCUGGUCUCCACCAUGCUGCUGGAAGACAGCUCACCACGCCAGGCUCUGGCUGACUUCCUGUUGGCCAGGAAGGCCUCCAUCCACCAGCUGCUGAACCAGCCGCAGCACGGCGCAGGGAUCAAGGCCCAGGUGUGCAGCCUGGUGGAGCUGCUCAUCACCACGCUCUUCCAGGCCUACGCCGUCUUCUACAUGCCUGCUGAAGGGGCUCCCAGGCCAGCAGAGGGCGCCCUCAGCUGUGGCAUGCUCUUCUCCACCUUGGAGAAUGUAACCUCCUGCACUCCCACAGGUAAAGGCAGAAAGGUGUUGCAGCAGGAGUGGAGUACAGGCAGCUGGUUCAGGUAUCUGCCUCCAUCCAUCACAGAGUUUCAGCCCACUCUCCGAACCCUGGCUCAGCCCAUCCAGGCGGAGCAGCUCCGGGACACGCUGCAGCAGUGGAUCAAUACCUGCAAGCAGGACAUCUGUCAGGGCGUUGGGACCCUCCUGGUCUACGUGAAGAGCCUCAAGGCUCUGGCAGCCAUUAGAGACGCCGUGUGGGAUCUUCUGACCACAGACUCCAUCAGUCAGCACUGGGGUAACGUAUGUCAGCAGCUGCUGGGGCGCCCCCUGGCUGUGUGGGAGGACUUCCUGCAGCAGCUCUUCCUUCACCGCCUCCAGACCAUCACCAAAGAGGAAACGGAGGCCAUUGCAACAAGCUCGGUGCAGCUGCUGACCUCGGCCGUGAGGGACCUGGAGGGCCAACCGGUCCAGGCCGCCGCCGGCAGCAACCCGCUCUCCGGUCGCAGUGCUCAGUACGAGGCGGAUGUGGCGUCCUUCCUGUGGUCAGAGUCUCCGGGGGACCUGCUGAGCGAUGCAGCCUGGGUCAGUGUGGCCCAGCGGGGCCAGCAGCAGCAGCAGAGAAGCGGACUGGCCAUGAAAACGCAGGCCCUGACGCCCUGCGUUCAGAACUUCUGCUCCUCUUUGGAUGCAAAGCUGAGAGCCAGACUGGACGACCUCCAGCACUACCUCCCAUCACAGGACACAGGAUCCGACUCUAUCCUGGCUGCGCCGACUUCCAGCGGGCCUCUGGACUCCUCUUCGUUUAACCGCUACACGGACUCGGCAGCGGUGGAGGAAGCUCUGCGCGAAGGCUGCGUGGCCUGCGUUCGCCACAUCCUGUUAUCGGUCCGCUCCGAGCUGGGCUCCGCCCCGACCCGCCUCAGCUCCGUCCUGUUUAUGGCCAGGCUGUGCCAGUCCGUGGGCGAGCUCUGUCCCAGCCUGAAGCACUGCAUCCUGGGCAGUCGGGGACCCGGGGAAGCCUCAGCCAAGGGGACCCCCAGGCAGGGAAAAAAGCUGGGCAAACCCAAAGCCGCCCCAGAGGUCAGCCCAGCGCAGGCCAAGUGGGCGGAGCUGAAGGAGGAGCUUCUUGGCUGCAGCAUGGACGCUUACCGCAUCUGGAGCUCCACCCUCUCAGAAGGGCUGAUGGAGACGUUUGGCACCGCGUUGCUGGCAGAGUCUGCUGGUGCGGUUCUGAGCUCCACAACAAACUGGGAGGAUCUGGAAAUCCAGGAAGAGUCUGAAUCAGGGAACAGCAUCACGUCCAAGAUCCGCCUUCCGGUUCAGGCGUCCUGGUUUGUGCAGUCUUUGCUGUUCCAGCUGUGCGUGGAGGUGAACAGGGUCGGAGGUCAUGCUCUUCCCCGGCCCACCCUACAGGAGCUGCUUCAGUCCUGUCUUGGUCAAGUUCUGCAUCGCUACGAUGUCCUGGCAGAGCAGCAGCGGGACGCGGAGGGCGUCCUCCCCAUAACUCAGAACCGAGCCUUGCAGUUGUUGUUCGACCUUCGUUACCUUAACACCACACUGGCCAGCAGAGUGGAGGAGGGCAAGACCUCCAGAUCCCAGCAGGACCCGAGAUUCCACAAGAUAUGUGAUUGGCUGGAAAACUUCAUUGACCCCUUUGACCUGGAUGUGUUUACACCUCCGCUGAACGCCAAUCUCAACCGUCUGUCCCAGAGGACCUCGGUGCUGCUCGGCCUCUUGACUGGUUCGGAGAAGCAGUUUGCACCGCGGAGCAGCACUGUCAACUCCCAGGAGCCUUACAACAUUCUGCCACUGGCCAGCAGUCAGAUCAGGUUCGGGUUAUUACCUCUCAGCAUGUCAAAUGCUCACAAACCCACCUCCUCCUCCAGGGGAUCGGACAAGUCUCAGAACCUGAGAUUCUGAGAUUCUGAAGCCUUCAGGCAAGUUUAUCAGAGUUGUUUCUGUCUGGGUGUGUUUUGGUUGUGCUUUGAUUUAGUUGGAACAGUGGCAGUGUGGGUGCUCUUCAUCACUUCUUUGUAUUUUCAUCCUGGUCUAUGUUGGAAACAUUAAGAAGACUGUUUGAACGAGCCGAUCCAGUCUUCGUACCGCCUUAAGUCAGGGAUCAUCAUUAUCUGACUCAUCAAUCAUUUUUCUUGGGUCAAUCAAAAAAUGUUUUGACCAUCUGCUUUUUAUGGCCACACCAAGCAGAGCCAUGAGAACUGGGCUCCAUUUCCUAAACUAAGGCCGACUAUCUGGGAAAAUGAAUAAACUUUUUUGUGCUUUGAUCCUUCACCCACGCAAAAUCUCAGGUUAAUAUCACUAAAAAUGAAAGUUGCUCAACCUUUAUAUCUGUACACUCAAAUGAACCUCCUGGUGCCAUAUUUAAUUCCUAACAGGAAGUCAUGGUUGUUUUUGAAGCAAUCUAAUUGGCUGACACAGGUUUUAGUUUCGAGCUACACUGCCCCCUAUGGGCUUGGCAUGCUUAAAGGGGAAACAUUAUGUACUUUUUUUUAGCUUUACAUCAUGUUAUAAUAUUAUUCCCUCAUCAAAAACAUACCUGGAGGGUUGAUUUUAUUCUUCCAUUUUAUGUUUGAGAAAUCCUUUAAUCUCCAUGGCAACCAUUCAGCAAAAUGCCUGGAUGGACCUAGCCCCACCUUUGAGGCGCAGCUUCUCCUUCGAACAGAAGUCUCCAGGUUUUAGAGCUUCCUCUUCACAGAGCAGCCCUCCAUUUAAACUCCCUCA